AAGGUAACUUAUUGUCAUAAGACUUAAAACAGUAGAAAAAAUGGAGCCGUCAGAGCGGUCCAACAGCACUAAUCAAGCAGCUAAGCCUUACGGUUGCUAUUCACAGCCAAUGAGUGGACACCUUUCUGACGAUUUUCUUCGAAUCAGUGCAAACAGCCAGCAACAGCAGAAUACGCAAGCACAAUUACAUCAUCAACAAUUUUCCUCUAGUGAAAGAUUUUAUCCUUCGAAUAUAACUGAAAGAUUGACUAUAACAGUGAUUAAGGCAAAGCUGAAUAAGAACUAUGGAGUUGCGAGGAUGCAUCCAUAUGUUAAACUCCAUGUUGGGCAUACCAUAUAUGAAACACCAACUAGCUAUUUUGGAGCAAAAACUCCCCAUUGGAAUAAGAUAAUUUACUGUUAUCUACCAACAGGAGUGACAUCUUUGUACCUUGAAGUAUUUGAUGAGCGUUCCUUCAAAGCAGAUAAAAAAGUGGCUUGGGGGAACAUUAAAAUACCAGAACCUGUGUUAAAUGGAGGAAAUUUGGAGUGUUGGUUUCCUCUUAAAGGACAGCAUGGAGAUAAGGAAGAGGGAUUAAUUAACCUUGCAUUUUCUCGUUCAACUCCUCUGCUUGCCCCAGUUCUACCCAUAUGUCCACCAGUUAUGGCUACAACACAAUAUUAUCCACUUGUGAUGUCAUACUCACACGUUGGGCCAGUGUUGAAUGUCCAUGAGUAUCAACAAGUAUCUCAGCCAAUACAACCUGUAUGGAUAACAGAUGAUGAUAUUAAACAGAUGCAGGAAAUGUUUCCUGCCAUUGAUAGAGAAAUCAUAAAAACCAUGCUUGAAUAUAAGAGGGGCAACAAAGAUGUUGUCAUCAAUGAUCUUCUCGCCAUGAGUAAUGAGAGUUGAAGAAGAUUGGCAAAAAAGUGCUUUACCCAAAAGGAAAGCUCAUAUCAGCGAUGUAAGGUGUUUAUUGAAGAAAUUAUGAUGUUCCAUUUUACUCCUACAAUUGAAAUUAUUGUUUAAAACUAAAAUUGAAAGGUAUUUUGAUAGAGAUCGUGGCUUUUUAUAUGACCUAAGUUAUGAUUAAUUUCCUCGGUAUAUCUUCAUAACUUGUUUUUAAUAUAUUCAUGAUAAUAUAAUAUAAAUUAUAGAACAUCAAGAAAUCUUUUGACGUAUCAUGGACGUCCUGACUCAUAACCUCCCUCAAAAACAGAAAACUAAUAAUUAAAUUCAACCUUAAUCCGCUAAAUAUUUAUUAACUCUUUUUCUAAACUCGUGUAAAAUUGCAUGUCAAUUUCUUCCACAGUUAUAUUAUUCUAUUGUAGUAAUAAAACUGCAACUGGCCCAACUGGAUAUGUCUGACCUUCCAAAGCUUGGAUUUAAAAACUCUUUUUUUUUUAAUGUACUAGCAAUUAGAUGCGAAAAAUGUGUAUGCAUCACUCUAAUCAGUUCACUUCAUAAUUUGGAACGCUUCAUUUAGGUCAACCCAGACCCUUCUCUUCUCAAGAGAUAACAAUUUAAAAGAUCUCAACCUAUUCUCAGAUGACAAUCCAUUUAUCCACGAUAUCAUCCUAAUAGUCGUCUUCUGAAAUCUCUCCAACAAUUCACGAAAUACAGGGUCUAAAAUCCAAACAAUACUCCGCAUAAGCUCUAACUAGUACUUAGACAAUGUAACAAUGGUCUAUUUAGACUUAUAGUCAAUACUCCUGUGUAUACCUGUAAGUUACAACCAAAAAUCCUGCUUUAACACUUACAAUAGAACACUGUCUCGACCACCUAAGAGUUGUAACAAGAUCCUUUUCCUCAUUGUUAAGAGUAUUCUCAUCUAUAUUAUAUGUGUAAUUGAAAUUAAGAUAACCCAAAUUUAUAACUUUAAAUUUAUCAUAAAUAAACAUCAUGUGUUUGUCCAACUACUCAACCGAUCUAAGUCUCUCUGUAAUAACAAUGGUCUCAGCACAGAUCCCUGAGGCAUCUCACUAGUAACAUUUGUCCAUUUACACUAAACUCUAAUAAAAAUUUUUGCUUCCACCCGCCCAGACCUGUCGGAUUAGGGGUAAUUGUUUUCACCAAUAUUUCAUGCAACACCGGAUCAAAAGCUUCCUGAAACUUCGAGUAAACCAAAUCCGUUCCGUUACCCCAUCCGAAUAAGAAGUAACGUCCUAAAAAACUGUAUAAGAUAAGUUAGGAAAUCAUGCUAAAACUAAACUAUUCAAAAACACUGUAAAAAGAAAUAACAGUGAUCAGAAAAUUGUUUUGUGAGUCAUGUAUUGAAGAAAAUACGAACAUUUUCAAAAGCUAUAUAUUAAACAUUUGUUUGACCUUUCAGCCAAAUGAUUCUCAUCCGGAUUUAAAAGUUGAUUGUUUUGUAUAUUCAUAUUAUCGUGUAUAUAGUAUUAUAACGUUUUGUUUCUAUUUUUCUGAUUUGAUGUGGUUCUAACUUUGAAAAUCUAAAAGAUAUAUAGUAACUUAGGUAAGUUUAGUAUAUGGAAAACAACUGCUGAACUUUCAAAUUCCUUGCUUUUGUUAUGUGUUUGUAGCAAGGUAUCAGUCACAGAUUGUAAUCAAGCUCAGUUUAUUCAUUGCCUUUAAAAUCUUAGAAUAAUAAAUUAUGCUUUAGGGGCAUGUAAUAUUUAACGACGAGAAGUGACCAGAUAUUAAGAAUAAAUUAUUAUAACCUAUUGCAAUGGUGAAAAUAUAUUAAAGUACAUAUAUAUUAAUAUUAAUUCAAGUUUCACUUUCCGUGAAUAUUAUAUUUCCUACAGCAACUUAUUUUAUUCUUUACAUUCUUUUAUUCUUUUCUUUUUUAUUCUUUAUUCUUUCCACUUUAUAGCUAUUUAAAAUUACUUCCUGUUUACAGAAACGGUUUUAUAGUUUUCACCACUAUCCAGCUCUUCUUAUCAUCUAUGAAACUCAUCAUUUAUUAAACAAUGUUACCGAACUAAAUACACUCAUACUUCUAAAUAUGAAUAAUAUAUAAAUUGAAAGUUUAUUUUUUCAGUGUAAUUUCUGUAUUCUUCUUUGCUUGUGAAUAAAUGUAGUCUCUAAAACUUUACAACAUUAUAAAAUAUAGACACUCCACAACUUACCACAGUGCGUUUAAGAAAUGACCCGAAACCCCAUGGGCUUUAUAAGUGUAGCCCAACAAAUUACAAACAAUGUUUUAUUUCAAACCAUCAGGUCGGAUUUUGAACGUUUUGAGACAUACAAAUUUUUGAUUGUAUUAAUAUAUACCUUGUUGAUUGUAGUUUAUUUUUUCACGUGAUGAUAUGUACAACUGGUUAGAUGUACAAUAUAUUUCGAGGCAAGUAAUAAUAUAUUUAUUUGGUUGAAAUACUUUUAUUAUUUUACCUAAUAUAAAAAAAGUGCAGAAAGAAAUACAUAGUAACAAAAGUCUUUCAACUGAUUGAUAAAAUAUGUUUG